AUGAUUGAUAAAGGUGUCCCGCAUGAACCAGCGGCUAAAGACGAGAUCAUCGAGAUUGCCAGCGACACGGAUGGCAUGGAAAAAAACCCCGCUAACGCCAUCGUUGUAGACGGCUCGGAUAUUGAGAAUUCCGACGAGUCCGACGUGGAGGUAGUGGACGAUAUGGAAGUGGAAGAUGUAGAUGAAAAUGGUGCUGCCCCACACAACCAAGGUCCUUUCCCUGACCCACUGAAGCCCGUUGGCAAUGAGAAAUACCCUUUGGCCAACGACCACGUGCAUCUUGCCAAACGAUUGAUGAAACCUCUCCUAGAUUAUCCUGUCAAAGAUGAGGCGCAUUAUACAUGGGAGAUCACCGACUGGAACGCCAUUAGACGCGAGGAAAAGGUUCGGGGUCCCCAGUUUGAGUGCGGAGGAUUCCGCUGGAAUGUUCUUUUGUUUCCCAGAGGAAGCAACGAUACGGUCUCUGUGUAUAUGGAACCUCACCCAAUUGUGGAGGCAGAUGGGACGCCUGAUCCCGCCUGGUAUGUGUGUGCACAGUUUGCACUAGAUAUCUGGAACCCACAGCAUCCAGAAUCACAUUACCCCAGUGGCCUGAGCCACCGUUUCAACAAGAGCGAGACAGAUUGGGGCUUUUCCUCAUUUAUUACCUCCAGAGACCUUGCUAGUCACACGAAGGUGAACCUUCCACAUCCCAUUUUAGAGAACAACAAACUCAAUAUCACGGGCUACGUACGUGUCAUUGAUGACUCUUCCACUGGAGUGUUGUGGCACAAUUUUGUGGACUACGACUCCAAGGCCAAUACAAGCUACGUGGGCUUGAACAACCAAGGUGCCACCUGCUAUCUCAACUCAUUGUUGCAGUCAUACUACACUACCAGAGUCUUCCGUGAUCUUGUUUGCCAGAUCCCUACCGAUACUCUGGGAGAUAAGUCUGCAAACAACAAAGCUGUGGCAUUGGCUUUGCAAAGAAUAUUUUACCAUUUGCAGCUGUCGAAGGAGCCUGUGGGAACGUUAGAAUUAACAAAGUCAUUUGGCUGGGACUCCAGUGACGCUUUUACUCAACACGAUGUCCAGGAGUUGAAUCGUGUACUCAUGGACAGAUUGGAACUGGCUAUGAAAGGCACCAAAAUCGAGAAGAAACUCAAUGACGUGUUUGUGGGAAAGAUGAAGUCUUACAUCAAGUGUGUGAAUGUCCCUUACGAAUCUUCAAGAGAAGAAGAGUUCUGGGACAUUCAGUUGAAUGUUAAGGGCUUCAAAAACUUGCAAGAGUCUUUUGAGAACUACAUUGAAGUGGAAAUGCUUGAUGGUGAAAACAAGUACCAAGCUGGUGAGCUGUAUGGAUAUCAAGACGCCAAGAAAGGUGUGGUUUUCGAGUCUUUUCCACCUGUCUUGCAUUUGCAGUUGAAGAGAUUCGAGUAUGAUUUCAUGGAGGACGAUCUUGUGAAGAUCGACGACUUGUAUGAGUUUCCUGACAAGAUCGAUCUCAGCCCAUAUUUGGAUGACGAUUUGCCACCAGAAGUUAAGAAUGAGAAUUGGAACUACAAGCUUCACGGCGUUUUGGUACACCAGGGUAGCAUUUCUAACGGUCACUACUAUGCAAUGAUCAAACCUGAAGCCGAAAGCUCAACUUGGUUAAGAUUCGAUGAUGACAAGGUCUGGAAGGCUACACCUACACAAGUCUUCCAAGAGAACUUUGGAGCAGCCGAAUUGUCUCCUAUCCAAUUGAGACAGCUCACUCGUUUGGAGCAGAACGAAUACUUCUUGAGAAGAGCAACUUCAGCCUAUAUGUUGGUGUACUACCGUGAAACUGAGUUACCUCAAGUUCUUCCCACUGAUUUAGCUCCUAUUCCAAGUCAUGUCGCAGAGCAAAUUGACAAGGAGCGCGAGGAACUUGCAAACUGGGAGAGGAUGAAACGGGAGGCUUUGUUCUACAUGAAUGUUAAGAUUUUUACUGUCGAUAACUUUGCCUACUACAAUGGCUUUGAUAUUUAUCCAGACCCUUCAAAGCCAAAAAUGUAUGACGCGAACGUCUUCGACAAGAGAGCUUACCCUACAAGCGUGAUUGUUAGGAAGGAAGCCAAAUUCUCCACUUUGUACAAGCUUGUGGCCAAGAAAUUGGGAUAUAUUGAAGGCGACUUUGAAGAAGAGAAAAUCGAGGACUUGAGUAUUGAAGAAGUCAAGGAUAAACAGGAAGAGGAAUCUGCUACGGUAGACGAGGAGGAUGAUCUUUCGCAUUAUCCUUUUAAGUUGGUCCCAGUCAAACAUCGCAACAAUAAGACAAAUAGGCCGGACAUUGCAGUUCCUAAUGAUUUGGCCGCUUCCUCCAUUACCCAAGUCUACACUAAAUGCUUUAAGAGAAAGUACGACGAGAUGGUGUUCUUUGUUGAAGAGCCCAGGAAAGAAUUGUCCCAUAUUGCCUCUUCUGGUAACAUAUCGGCCCCAGAGUCAUUCGAUUUUGACGCAACGGCCGAUAGAAUCACUUCAAAUUCUAUCGAAUUCACUCCUGCUGAUUUCAAUGAGAAUAAUAUACACUUGUUUAUCAAGUACUUUGAUCCUGUCACCGAUGAAGUGAGAGGUCUUACUUAUUUUGCAGUUCCAAAAGAUACGGUUGUCUCUAAUCUUCUGGCACCAAUCAACCAGUUGCUUCAGUUUGAUCCUAAAACUCCUCUUGAAUUCUUCGAGGAAGUUUCACAAUCUAGAAUCGAACCAGUGGAUCCAGAGUUAACACUUGAAAAGAAUGAGCUCAGUUCGGGGGAUAUCUUGACUGUCCAACUCGCUGAAGUGGAAUCUGCCGCUUUUGGCAAGAAGUUUGGUAACGCAAAUGACUUCUACAAGUUUUUACUCACUAGGUUGCAUAUUCAUGUUAAACCUUGCAAGACGAAAGACGACGAAGAAGAUAGUGAUUUUGUCAAAGAAGAAAAGGCCGACUCUGUUAACAACGUGGAAAACGCGAAUCCUGAAGCAACAGAGGAAAAAGAAAUUGAGCUUGCUAAGGAGAUGAGCAGAUCUUUCGAUUUAUGGGUUUCAACUGAUUAUUCUUACCAAGAAUUAGCAAAUGAAAUUGCUCAAAAAUUGGGUGAUGAUACCAAUCCAGCAUAUUUGCGUCUUUUUGUCGUUAACUCACAUGGAACCAGAUUCCCCUUGUCAUCCACCCUGAAUUUGUCACAGGUUUUUACGAAGCAAGUGGCGGUGUCUUCUAUUACUCAAUUCGAGUACGAGAUUCUCAAUAUUACUUUGAAAGAGUACGAGAAUAUGAAGUCCAUCAAAAUCUACUGGCUCAACAGUAUUCUCCAGUCACAUUUGCUUGACUUGUUGGUUCCAAAAUCGAGUACCGUUGCGGAAGUUAUCAAGAAGUUGAUUCACAAACUCGAAGUUCCCAAGGAACACUGGAGUAACUUGCUUGUAUGGGCAGGCCAAGAGAACAAAUAUGCUGACCUUAUCAAGUUUGAUAAGCCCAUUGAUGAAAUUAAUGACCAGUACGAAAUUUAUUGUGGAUAUUUCCCAGCUGAAGUCGAGAUCUUAUCCAGCCACGACAUCUUUAAAAGAUUCGACGAGAACUACAUCUCGGCUAGUGAUAUCGAGGAUGAAGUAUUGAGGAAGGAGUUUGAGAAGGCGCAGCAAUACUCCAAGCUGUUGAACAUUAUUCCUGUUUUUCACUUCUACAAGACUACUUCAUAUGUCCACAGUAAGCCGUUCGUGUUUGCAGUGUACCCAGAUGAGUCAACACAGGAGACUAAAGAAAGAUUGAGAAAAAAGUUAGGCCUUGGAUUGCAAGCCUUUGACAAGAUAAAGAUUGCAUUAGCUGAUAUGAAUGAUAAGGGCAGGUACCUUGAUUUUGAGAAACCAGGGGUGAGUUUGUUCGAGGAGGUGACCAAGUUCGACGCACAUGUGUCACUUGCGUUAGACCACCCAGAUAGAAACCCCCGUCGUGCCAAUCCAUUUGACAAGGGUAUUUCCAUCCGUUGA